AUGGUGACAGUGCUGGAAGACUGCAAAGUCUGUGCCAGCCGCAAUCCCGGCGGGCAGCGCAGCGGGGCGGGCCGCAAUCGGUACCGCCCCCGGAGCCCCCAGCGGCCGCCGCUGUGCCGGGCAGUGCCGGAAGGAGCGCGGGCGCUCGGCGGGACGCGGGAUGCUGCCCGCGGGAUGCGGCGGGCGCGUUCCCCGCUCGGACCCCGCAGGUUGGAGGCGGCGCUGCAGGCGGCGCUGCGCGGCGGCGCGGAACGGCGGAGGGAGUUGGAGCGGAGUGCGGAGCGCGGCCGGGAUCUGCUGCUGCGGGGGGAGCGGAGCGGAGAUGAGCGGCCGAAAGCGGAGGCGGGAGCCGGCGGUGGAUGCGAGAGCACGCCUUCAUCCCGGGAGCUGGAGGAGCUGGAGCUGCUGAACGCCGCCCUGGAGAAAGCGCUGAGAGUCAGAAAAAGCGUCUCCAGAACGACCGCAGCGGCACGGGGAGCUGCGGGAGCAAAGGCUGCGGGCGGGGAGUCUGACGGUGGAGAUCCGGGACGGCUGAAGGAGCCUGCGGCCAUCGGAGACGGCCCUGCGGCUGCCUGCCCCGGCCGCGAGCCGAGAGCUGGAAGCCAGCAGCCCGCCGCUGCCAAGAAACCUCCUGCGUACCAGCUGCGAGCCCCGUACAGGACUGACCCAGAUGUGAGAAGAACCCAAAGGAAAGCCCCGGCAGGACGUGUCAGCAGGGCUCCUGGAGCGGCUGGGAAGAGCUCUUCCAAAGUUGUGGCUCCCAAACAAGGAGGCAGGUGUGGGCCGGCCAUCCGUGCCACAUCCCACAGGCCGGCUGUUGCCCCCAGCCAACGGCAUGGCAGCCCUGCUGGGGAAGGGAGCUCAGUGUGCGGGCAGCAGCAGCUCAGUGAUGGGAGGAAGAGAUGCUGUGAUGCCCUCGGGCUGCCCGGCGGAGCAGAGGAGCACACACACAGAGGAGCAGAGGAGCACACACACAGAGGAGCAGAGGAGCACACAGCUGGUGCAGGGAGCGCAUCGCCGCGGGCAGCCGUGCUGCAGGAGCAGGGAUGCCAGCUGGAGCUGCCCCUUCCCUACAGGAAAGCCCACACCAGGAACUCCCGGGCAUGGGAGAAGUGCCGUCUCUGCCACACGAGUGCCGAUGCAGCAGCUGCAAGGAUGCAUUUCACAGAGAGGACCCAGAGCACUUUUCGUUCACCAACACCGGCGCUCAGCCCUGCGGAGAUAGAGGAGGAAUUAAAAGCCCUCCAGGAUGUCCCCUCCCGUCUGAGCCUGUAUGUGGAAGCUGAGUCUGCAGACCAUCCCACCCUUCAAAGAGAGUAUGAAAGCCUUUUGACCUUGGAAGGUCUGCAAAGCACAGUCUCCCAAUGCUUGCAUAAGCUGCAGCUUCUACGAGCAGCUGUGGAGUCCCAAAGGAGGCUGCACCCAGACUGCACUGGGGACCAAGGAGACUGCUGUGCAGCCCAUGCUGCUGGGGGUCGGGUGUGUGGCAGUGCAGGCACGCUGGCUGUGCCUCUCCUGUGCUACUCCAGGCUCCAGGAACUGAGGGAUCUGUUUGCCUUGAAGCUGCAAGUGUCUAUGCUGCACCAGGAGAUUGCCUUACAAAAGCUCACCAUGACAGAACUGCUGCCUGUCCUGGACUCCAGGCCCUUCUCAGGGCCCUCUGCAGCUCAGCUGUACCGGGCGAUGUACACACAGCUCUGCGAGGGAGGCGGCCGCUUCCCUGUGCUGGUGCGAGAUGAGCUGGCAGACUGAGCUGGUGAGAGCCUCCCUAUGGCCAUUCACAUCAACAGCCAUGGCUUUAAGCAAUAAAUCCUUUCUGAUUACUUUA